UGGAUGAAGUGAGGUUGCACAUACACAUAAUGAAGCUUCUCUACCCUCUCCCAGACCUCCUUUCCACACCCCACCCCCAAGUGGAACAUUCCAGGCAGACGCCACAGGAAGCGCAAAGGCUUUGUGGCAGGAACCAGCUGGCCCUGGAGAAGGCCCCCAAAGAAAAAACCAGCCAGCCGGCACGCCAGCAGCCCCGCCAGGGACCCACCAAUGAGGCACAGAUGGCAGCAGCAGCAGCCCUGGCCCGACUUGAGCAGAAGCAGCCCAGGGCUCGGGGCCCCACGUCACAGGACCUCAUCCGAAACCAGGUGAGAAAGGAACUUCCAGCUGAAGCAUCUGUGAGUGGGAGUUCGCAAGACUCGGGGACUAACAUGAUAGCUGAGCCCAAAGAGGAAGGCUCAACAAACCUGGCGGCGCCUGGAGUGUACUUCACCUGCCCGCUCACAGGGGCCAUCCUGAGGAAGGACCAGCGGGACACCCGAAUCAAGGAGGCCAUUCUCUCACACUUCUCCACUGACCCAGUAGCUGCCUCCAUCAUGAAGAUCCACACGUUCAACAAAGACCGGGACAGGGUGAAGCUGGGUGUGGACACCAUCGCCAAGUACCUGGACAAUAUCCAUCUGCACCCCGAGGAGGAGAAGUACCGGAAGAUCAAGCUGCAAAACAAGGUGUUCCAGGAGCGCAUUAACUGCCUGGAAGGGGCCCACGAGUUUUUUGAGGCCAUUGGCUUCCAGAAGACAUUGUUACCAGUUCCUGAUCAGGAGGGCCCCGAAGAGUUCUAUGUGCUAAGCGAGGCCGCCUUGGCCAAACCCGAGAGCCUGGAAAGACACAAGGAGCAGCUGCUGUGCGGCGAGCCUGUGCGGGCCACACUGAUCCGCCAACGCCGUGUCUUCCGGCCCUCACCCAUGGCCUCCCAGUUUGACCUGCCCCCCGACUUCUUCAACCUCACGACUGAGGAGGCCAAACGGGAGCAGAAGCUCAGGUCUGAGGCGGUGGAGCGGCUGAGCAUGCUGCGGACCAAGGCCAUGCGGGAGAAGGAGGAGCAGAGGGAGAUGCGCAAGUACACGUACACACUGCUGCGUGUGCGCCUCCCAGACGGCUGCCUCCUCCAGGGGACCUUCUAUGCCCGGGAGCGGGUGGCAGCACUGUACAGCUUUGUCCGGGAGGCCCUGCAGAACGACUGGCUGCCCUUUGAGCUGCUGGCCUCGUGUGGGCAGAAGUUGUCGGAGGAUGAGAACUUGGCCUUCAAUGAGUGUGGGCUGGUGCCCUCAGCCCUCCUGACCUUCUCGUGGGACAUGGCGGUGCUAGAGGACAUUAAGGCCGCGGGGGCUAAGCCAGACUCAUCUAUCCUGAAGCCCGAGCUCCUGUUGGCCAUCGAGAAGCUCUCGUGAAAUAAAAGCAGGGUUGGCUUCAGCCCUCAUGGGUCUGUCUCCUGCUUCCUCCACCUCUGCUCACGUCCUCAUUCUCCCUCCACUUCAAGGCCUCCCAGCCUCCUCUGGACUGCCCAGCCCAUGGGCAAGGGAGAGCCACUGGUUGGCCUGUGACCGCCACUGAGGACUUUCAAGCAACAGCUGCUGUGCUGUCCUUGGUAGCAUUCUCUAGCUGCUAUUUAACCUAAUUAACGGAACUCGAGGCAUGACAGACCCGGGCACUUCCCUGGAUAGGAAUAGGCCUGCCGCUUGGGUCCAGGCCCCAUGGCUGGCCCUGAGGCUGUCCUGUGGAACUGCUGGUGAUAGUGGCAUAAGAUAGAGAUGCUGGGCCUGGGCAGAGUUCUGUAACACUAAGUUAUGAAUCCAAAUAAACAGGCUGUUUGACUAGUC